CGAAUAAACGGAGUGUACCGAAAAAAUGCAAAAUGUUUAUCGAUUUCACGACGUAGCACACUGUAUUUCCGUCAAGAAUCGCAGCGUCGCACGACCGAAGUCGCAAUCGUACGAGUGUAUAAUAUUGUUAUUAUUGUUAUGAACGCGAUGUAAAUUAAAUGUAAACGUUGCCUGCUUUACAAACGGCGGCCGACUCCGACGUACCGGGUAAAAAGACGACGAUCGAUGGUUGUACCGUCACCUUUUCGUUAGGUACCAUUAUUUUGUUACCCGUCGUUUGGAUCGCGACGCUACGUGACGUCCGCUCGCCACCCCGCGGUGCGACCCGAAGUUGUCACCACCGUCACACAAUAUCGUUCCUAUUUUCACCCGGUCGACGCGACGCGUCGUCGAACGCCGUUCGCUCCGUAUUUCUCCUGUUCGUCGAGUACCAAACGGUUCAUUUAUUGCCUUUGUUAUAUGAAUUGUUUCAACGUUGAACGUUCGCCGUCGGUAAUAAAUUCUGUUCGACGCCUCUACGUGCAGUUUAUUACCUCGACGUCCGCGUCAUCGGGUCACCGAGGUCUUCAUACAAGACUACUACUCCAAAGUGUCUACGAUUACAAACUGAUGGACCAACCCAAUAUGAAUUUCAACCCAUAUGUUCAUCUCACACGUCUAACCAAAGAGGAAAUAAAAAAAUAUACUCUCAAAAAUCAUAAAAAGAAGAAUACUUAUAAGGAAGAUGCUAGUACUGAGAACUCAGGAGAUGCAAUACAACAUACUCAAAUUCAGAUUAAAGAUGAAGUUGAAGAUCCUGAUGUAAUUGAAAUAAAAACUGAGCCAGAGGACCAAAUCAUAGAUAUAACUCAGGGCACUACAUUUUCAAACUACGUAGAAAAAGAUAACGGAAAUAAAAAUAUUUGCAAAAUAUGUAAUGCAACUUUUGAUAAUUUUGAAGAAACUAUAGUGCAUAAAUAUUUAACACAUAGAAGUAAACUUUACAUAUGUAAAGUUUGCAAUUUACAAUUUGUUCUUGAAAUGCAUUUGUAUUUACAUCAGGCCGAACAUUAUAAUAAUCCAUGCAUGAGAAAUUCAUCCGAAAAUCCUUCAGAAAUUCAGUCGUACAUAUGUAGAGUUUGCAAUGUACAAUUUAUUCUUGGUGUGCAUUUCUAUGUACAUCUGGCUGAACAUAAUCAUAAUCCAUGCAUGAGAAAUUCAUCUGGAAAUCCAUCAGAAAUUCAGUCUUCAUCUAAAAGUAAUUUAACUAUAAAUCCAAGUAGAAAUUACAAGAACUCUAAAUCAACAUCAGAAUUGGCAAAAAAAUCCUGCAAUACUAAUACUUCAGUAAAUUUAAAACAAAAUGUAACCAACAUGAUAACCCAAAGCAAAAUAAUUUCAAGUAUCAAACUGGAUUUAGACAAGAAGAGUAAUAUUGGAAAUGUAAAUUCUCAAAGAUAUGUUUCUCCAAAUAUCCCAAAUUUUAACAGAAAUCAUAAGUGUAAAGAUUGCGAUAAACAUUUCACUACACACAGAAAAUUAAAUAUCCAUCAAAAGGAACACGAACAUCAAAUGAUAUGUAAUAAGUGUCAUAAAAAAUUUGUGUCAAAGAGAAACUUUGAAAAACACUUACUAUCACACACAAAUGUUGUAAUGUCUAAUGGUGAUUCUGUUUCUGGAAAAAAAAUAAUCAAGCGCACAAGUGUCAAAAAAAAAAAACAGAAUAUUUUGCCAAAUAAAUAUUCAAGAAAAGUUAAAUGCAAUUGGUGUCCUAAAACUAUAACAAGAUGCAACAUGCUUCGUCAUAUUAAAAAUGUGCAUCAUCAUCCCAAUCCUAUAAACUGUAUAUACUGUUCAAUGGCAUUUAAGGAUAGGGCCUCAUUGAGAUUGCAUAAGUCUAGAAUUCAUUAAAUUUAAGUUAAACACCUGAUUUGUAUGCAUUUCAAUUUUAAUUAAUAUAAUUUGAUCAUUUUAAAAAUGUAACGUGUGGUUAGUAAAGUCAUAGUUGGGUUCCUUGGUUAAAGCUGAAUAUACAAUAGUCAGAGUUAUCAGACCAAUUUAGAUUAUUAUAUAAAUAAUUGUAAUUUUUUUUAUUGUGUAAUAUUUAAUUUUUAUAAUUUUUUUUAACUAAAAACAAAAUACUGUAUCAAAAGUAAGUAGCUUAUUUAUGAUUUGAAAAUUAAAAUAAUUGUUUUAGAUCAAAGUUGAGAUGUUUAAAAUAAACAAUUUGAGU